AUUUGGAACCAGUAUUUUUCUGCAAAAGAUACAGUUUAUGCUGUUAUUCCUGCAGCGAAGUUUGAUGUAAUGUGGAAGAGAGCCCAGAAAUGUCCAUCGUUUCUGUAUGCUUUACCAAGAAAAGAAGGCUAUGAGUUCUUUGUGGGGCAGUGGUCAGGAACAGAAUUGCACUUCACUUCUCUAAUAAACAUUCAGACCCAAGGUGAAGCUGCUCCUAGUCAGUUGGUCCUGUACCAUUAUCCUGAGCUGCAGAAGGAAAAAGGGAUAGUACUAAUGACAGCUGAAAGGGACUCCAAGUUCUUGGUGGUCCAUGAAGCCCAGUGCUUGGCGAAUCAGGUGCAGCUUUUCUAUGCGACGGAUCGUUCAGAGACCUAUGAAUUGGUGGAGACCUUCAACCACAGAUCUAGUGAAUUUAAAUAUAUGUCAGUUAUAGCAGAGCUUGAGCAAAGCGGACUUGGGCGAGAACUGAGACCUGGUCAGGUUUCUGACAAGUCGUAGAGCCUGACCUGCAGGUGAAGCAAGCCAGCAGUAGGCAGGGGGUCUCCUGGAUAGAGUGGCCUGUCUCUUGUUUUACAAAUUCGAUUUGGCUACAGGAAGGAUCUAGAGACAUCCUAGGGUGAUAGUCAAGGCUGUCUGGCACUGAUGCAAGAUGAGGACUUGGGCCAUCUGAACAACUGUAACUAAUAGCCAUAUUGGAGGCCUGUACUUCAGUGCAACUUCAUCAGAAGGAGCCGGUUUCCUGUCUUGUAACUUACUGCUGCGUGCUGUAUUUUUGAAAGCAAAUCAGGUGACAGAAGGGGA